AUGCAUGCAGGUGUUAAUGUCCAGAAGAUUCUUGAUCGAAUGGCACAUCUGAUUCUUCGAGCACAGGAAUGUGAAGUUCAAGGGAAAAGACUCUGGAUAUUUUUCGAUGAGUUUAAUACCACACGCAGUAUUGGAAUUAUUAAAGAAAUUACAUGUGAACGAACUUUGUUGGGUCAACCAUUACCAGUAAAUAUGGUUUUUCUCGGUGCUUGCAAUCCACGACGAUACAAACCGGAUCAAAUCCUAUUUGAUAAUAAUAUUGGCAUCAAAAAAGAACGAUACGAUGUAGAGCAAUUAUAUGCAGCCAUCGGUGGAGCACGUCUGUUAUAUACAGUGGUGCCUCUUCCAGAAACAAUGCUGGAAUAUGUAUGGGAUUAUGGUUUUCUUGACCGUGAGACGGAGAAAAAAUAUAUUGCCACAAUGCUGAAAACCUGUGAGCACUUAUCAGCCAAAGGACGAUGGUUUAAUGCUCUAGUCACAUUAGUCUGCAAAUCACAAGCAUUUAUACGUACCAUUGAAGAUGUUAGUAGUGUUAGUCUACGGGAUGUUUCACGUUUUUGUCGACUUUUUAAUUGGUAUCAUGCUUCAGUUAUUGAAAGAACUUCGGGAACUGCUUCACCGGCCGUUACUUUGCGACGAGCAGGUAUCACUGCGCUUUUAUUAUGUUAUUAUUUCCGUUUGAAAUCUCCUGAACAUAAACGAGAAUAUCUCGAUAUAGUUGAAACAACCUUAAUAGAAAUCUUUCGUGAACAUGCGGUCAAACGAGGUUUUGUUCUCUAUUGGCUGAACGAAGAAGAAAUGGAUAUCAUCAAUAGAAUGGAAUUACCGCCUGGAACAGCGAAAAAUCGUGCAUUGCUCGAAAAUAUCUUUGUUUUGUUAGCAUGUGUUGUCAACCGCAUUCCAUUGGUCAUCUGUGGCAAACCUGGUUGUAGUAAAACAUCAGCAGUACAAAUUGUUAUCAGUAAUCUCAAAGGCAAAAAAUCACACAAUUUAUUCUUACAAACUCUUCCCGAAUUGAUUGCUGUUUCGUAUCAAGGUUCACAAAACUGCACUUCGGAAAGUAUCGAAAAAGUCUUCGAACGUGCGAGUAAAUAUCUUACCGCUCAGAAAGAUUCAGCGUUAUUACCGGUUAUCGUCUUCGAUGAAAUUGGUUUGGCAGAAUUAUCUCCACAUAAUCCAUUGAAAGUAUUGCAUGCCGAACUGGAAGUGGAAACAUGCAAAUAUGGCUUUGUCGGAAUAUCUAACUGGCGUUUGGAUGCAUCGAAAAUGAAUCGAACAUUGUAUCUAGCUUGUCCUGAUCCGGAUGACGAAGAUUUAAAAACUACCGGUAUUGUCAUUGCACAAAGUAUGUUGAGUGCGCUGGAAGCAGCUCGAUUAGGAAGAGAAAUUCUUCCAGGUUUAGCAAUGGCUUAUUAUGAAUUAUUUACCUCUCUUAAAAUGUUCCAAAAAUAUGAAUAUUAUUUUGGUUUGCGUGAUUUUUAUUCUUUGAUUAAAGGUGUCGUGAGAGAAAUUCAGAUUCAUCCAGAAAUGGAUAUAUAUGAAAUCAUUCGUCGACAAUUGACUAUUAAUUUCGAUGGUGUAGUCGAUGGAGCAACUCUCAUGUGGCAUAGUUUCUGUAAGACACUUCAACGAGAAGAAUUAGUUCUUCAAUAUCAACCACCAAAUUUAAAACAAUUACUUGAUAAAAAUCUCGGAUUACGUUCUACUGGACGGUAUUUAAUGCUUAUUGCCGAAAGUGAAAGUGCUAUCGAUUAUGUCGAAAGAUACAUUUAUGUUUCUCCCUAUCACCGAACACAGAAUGUACGUACUUUGGUAGGUAGUCAAAUGUCAGGAGAUCUCGUUUCCAGUCAUACAUAUACAGAAACAUACAGUUAUCGUGUGCUAAUGGAUAUUAUUCUGUAUGCAGAAACAAGUGUUACAUUAGUCAUGCGUCAACUUGGACAUUUGUAUGAUAAUCUGUAUGAUUUGUUCAAUCAAAAUUUUGCUGUAUCAGCUCAGAAAAAAUAUUGUCGAAUUGCUUUAGGUGCACUAUACCAUCCUCGAUGUUUGGUCAAUGAUGAUUUCUAUUGCAUUGUUUUUAUUAAUCAUCAAGAUGUGGAGAAAUGUGAUCCACCAUUUCUCAAUCGUUUUGAAAAACAUCCAAUUACUAUCAAAGAUCUUAUUCCGGCUCAUCAUUGGGAGAUGACCAAUCGUCUUCUGAAUUGGAUCGCGGAUCUCUUACCUGUACGACCGAACGAUUAUUUUCCACUAUUACAACAUUUAUUUAUGGGCUACAAUGCAGAUCAUAUGUGUAGUUUAGUGAUCGAUACUUGGGAAGAAUUGCAUCGUCAAGAACAACCAAUUGACGAGCAGACCGUGAUGAAUUUAUGUCAAGAGAAAUUAUUGCGAGUAGCUUCAUUUGAUUUCAUUCUUAUGUUAGCUUUGAAAGGCAAUCAUGAAGAACUCAUUCAACAGUAUUAUAAUGUUCAUGCACGUUCUACUUUUACGGAGAUUCUUACUCGGGAUAUUUCCAAACAGAUUAUUUAUACUUAUACUCAAAUUUAUGACGACAUUCUAUAUGAUAAUAGAACUAUUGAUGAAAUUAAAUUGGGAAAUUUCAAAACUGAAUUAGAAUUAGUUGAGAAAAUCAAAGCACAUUAUCAUUCGGACAAUGCUAAACAUCGACUUCUCAUUCGUGUUGAUUAUCGCACAGAAUACAAACAACUUCUAUCUUUAAAGAAUAUUUUACUUAAUGCAUAUCAAGAACAUAAUCAAGUAAAUGUUCGAUUAAUUUGGUUGAUAAUUCAUGUGCAAAGAAAUAUGCUUGCUGAAGCAACAAAUGAUGUUCUUUUUGAUAAUUGGUCAAUUGACAUGAUUGAUGAUCUUAAUGCACAAGAAUUAAUACAUCAAGAGGUCAUUCGAAAUCCUUCUUAUCUCGCUCUGAUCAAUAAUGAACAAUUUUCCUUAUCGGAAUGUUUAUUUGAUGAAAUGAUUGAACGAUGUUUAUCGAAAUUUUAUUAUGGAGUGACAAAUAGAGAAACUGAAUCUCGAAUCAAUCGACGAAGAAAUAAAAUCAUUGAUUCCUUAGUUAUUACUGACACAGUCUUCUCUCUUCGACGAAUCGUUCAAGAGAAAUUAGCUACACUAAUGAAAGACAUUCCUCAUCCAGGUGAAUCUGGACGAUAUAUAGAUUGGCGACAAGAUCUUUUCUCCGAUGCUCGAACUAUUGCCACGAGUCGUUCAAUUAAAGAUGCCUUUCAAUCUACAAUCACGUAUUUCUAUGAACGAUAUUUCUUAUUAUUAUUUGGACAUCUUCAACGAUAUGGUUUUAUUGAUUCUUAUCUAUUUUUUCUCCGAACAAAAGACGAACAAACACAACAAGUAUGGUUAGAAUGUCUUCAUUCAACUCUGAAAACAAUUGAUACUACUGUAUUGCAUAUGGAUACCGUCGAAGUACCACCAAUUUUUGAUUUACGAUUACCUUGUGCCAUGGCGGAAUAUACCAUUUUACAACAAAUUCGUAAAGUAAUUCAACAAAGACAAGAAGGAGGAAUGAAUUUUGAUGAUGAUAAAGAAGAAAACGAGAAUUUCGUCUUUGAACAAUUACGAGAAAAGAGUGUGUACAAAAAUCAAUUUCAUAAUGACGAUAUUUUCCACAAUCCACCCUUAUUUCAACAUUAUCUACAUGAUCAACUUCUUCGUUUUAUUACCGAACAUAAUAUUCAUUUAUCCGUAGGUUUUGCUCUUCGAUUGAUUACUUCCAAUCCCAUUAUGAACAAUAAAUCUCGCUUGAAACAUCUAUUAACUAAUCAUGAAGAAUUACUACAAUUAUUAAAGAUUUUUGAAAAAGGUUGUCAACUAGUUGGUGAAGAAACAUUGGGUUAUAUCUGUACCAAACAAUUUAUCGUUACGAAUGAUGUUAAUAUUGAAAAGGACAUAUUCUAUUAUACAUUAGUAUGGACAAAAGAUUCGUUCUUUCAAUUAUCACCUAGUCAAAUCAAUAUCGAUGAUGAAUUUAAAAUGAAUUGUUCCGGUGAUCCUUUUAUCGAAAAUAGUAUCAUGAAUUUGAUUGAACUGAUUCUCUCCUCGGAUACGAUUAAACAUGUGAAUAGUAUUGAACUUCUUGCUACUACUUGCAGUUUGAUCUGUCAAGGUAUUCUAACAUUAUCGAAUUAUUCUGUCAAUAAUCUAGAAAGAUUACGAUCGUUUAUUAGUUUAAUCCGAUGUGUUAUUAGUCUAGGGGCUAAUCAAUCAUUAACUAUUUUAAAACAAGUCUGUGAUCCUGGUUUAGGAGCAAUGUUUGAUUCUUGCCAAUCGAUUCAUGAAUUUGUCGAUGGUCUAUCAAAGAAGUUCGAAGCAGUACAAGUCACUGCCGAUAUAGAAACAAUUCAUCGAACUACGAUUAAAUUAGAAGUAAAUUUGUUAAAACAUUGGCUCGAGGAUAAUCCAGACAGAUACGAUGAAAUUCUCUACUUAAUUAGUCGAAAGGAUAAUCAUCUAUGGCGAUAUUCAGCAAAAAUAUUCUCAUAUAUUUUACAAAAACUUGAUAUUCUCAAAUCUAUUCAAGAGCAUCAUGGCCAAUUUCCUCACAGUGAUGAUUACACUCGUUUGGAAGAACAUUUGCAAAAUUUUCAUGGUGAAAGUGACAAGAUUGAACGAUUACUAGUCGAUCGAAUUCAUAUGGAUUUAAUGCUAACUAUUAGUGAGGAAAAAUUCGCUGAUCGAUUGACCGAUGAAUAUAAUCAUUUUGAAGAAGAUUUCCACUCCAUGAUUGUUCUAUUAGCGGACAAACAACAGCAACUGCGUCUGCGAUCCAUUGGUCUUCUAUCUUGGUUAAAAUACUAUACUCAUAUGUAUGCAUUUGCUUUAAGUAACGAUUGGCAUUUGGAUAUUAUGCUGAUAAUCGAUCGUCUCUUAACGAAUAAUGAAAGUCCAUUUGGUGCUACACUUAAAUUAUUCAUUCUCAAACAGCUUAUACAUAUGAGUAAUAGCGCAUUGAAUGAAAUCUGCGAGAGAUUUCUUCAACAUCAAGUUGUCUGGAUCAAACCAUUAUUAAAUCGUAUUCGACAAGGUAAGAAUGAAAUACGAGAAGAAAUUAUUAUGCCAACACCAUUAUUUGAUGGACGUGAUGAAUUUUUACGCGUCAAUGCAGCACUAAAUGAACUUAAUGAUAUCAAUCAAAUUCGUACACUUAUCGAUGCAUGUGCACAAAGCCAACCAUUGACAUACAGUCUUUAUAUGUGGUUUUUGCAACGUUAUUGCUGUUUUUAUUUCCCCGAAGCACAAGCAGAUGAAAACUUAAUAAGGUUGAUUCGAACCGAUUGGAAACAAUCUCUCUUGACUAUAUGUACACCCAUUGGUUAUAAAUUAAUUGUUUCACUCUGCACUAACUUUACUCCUAAUUCAUAUUUUAAUCUUGUGCCGAUCAUGUCAAAAAUUGAAUUACAUUGUCGUUUGCUCGCUCUGAAUAUCACUAUUCUUUGUCUUUCUACCCGUGCACUACCUCAAUUAACCCAUUUGGGUACAUUACUAUUCAACAAUCAACGACAAAUGCCGGUUUCUUAUGCCGAUCAUAUCGAGUCUAUUUGCCUUCUAGGCUUUGUUUUCGGUGAUCCAGUAGCAACACAAAUGUUAGAUGUCAGAGCAAGAAUACAAGCACGUCUUGAUACUCGACAGAUAGUACGGCAAAAUUCAUUUAUCUAUCAGUGCUCACAGGAAUGUCAGUGGAUGUUUUAUUUUGAAGAUUGUGGUGUCCCGAAUUCUCGCAGUCGAUGUCCACUUUGUAAAAAGGAUAUCGGUGCCGAACGGUAUGGAGUGUUGAUUGCUCGUCAGCCACCUCAGAUUCAAAUGACGAUCGAUCAAGGUUUUCAAAUUAUUAAUCAGUAUCUGGAUAUAUUCAAUCGCCAAGUGCGUUUAGGAUACUACAAUACUACGCCAGCAGAUCAAUCAAUCUUAGGAGAAAAAUCAAAUCAUCUCAACCGACCUGUUUCCUAUCGCUUCCUUCAUCUGCUCACCCAUGCUCAGUUAUUAGUUUUAUAUGAAUUGGAAUAUUUAUCCGUUCAAAAUCUUCAACAGCAAAUGAACAUUCCUAAUCAGCGACAUUUCCAAGAACAUUUGGGAAAAGAUUAUGAAUUAUUAUCGCGAACAUGUACAGAUCCCGAACAAUGUUAUGUUUGGCUUUACAAAUUGAUCAAUCAUAUGUUGUUGCCAGCCUUGAUUCGAUUUGGUUCCUUAGAUACACAAAUAAAAGUAGUGGAGAUGGAACAAACGAUUGAACAGACUAUUAUCUUUCCAAAUAUCAUGUCAUUUACUGAUGAAAUCAAUCAAUAUCGUGUGGCCUAUGCGGAAUUUGUUCGUGAACGUGAUGCUCAACCAAGUCUAAAGGAUUAUAUUGAUGAAUUACGUGAAAAUGAACAACUUUAUCCAUUUCUCUCCUUUUUUAACUCAAGCAAAAUUAUUACUACCAGUCCAUUGGAUGAAUUUCGGGUCAAAAUGGACACAUUACCAUUCUCCGAUAAACUUUAUCCUGUCACCACAUUUUUACUGAAACGAUUGGAUAAUUAUGCGAAUAUUCAACACCUCUAUCCUAUUGUUGAAUUUACUAAUUAUUUAUUAUAUAAAUAUAAUUAUCGAAUUAAACGCUAUGAUGCCGCCAUGAAGACGAUUGAAGAUUGUUUGAACGAAGCACGUACAGAUCGAGAAACAAUUCGCAUUCUUUUUGAUCAAUUUCUUCAUGCUUGGUAUAAACUCGAUCUGAAAGAAGUUCAAGCAGGCUGUCAACGACCUGCAGUUGAUCGACCUACGACGGCUGCGAAUUUUGCUCAAGAUACCAGUUUAGCAUUACUCUUAAUCAAUACCUCGAAAGAUGCCAGUAGUCUUCUUGUCGUCGCCUAUUUACAUACAUUAAGUAAGAUGCAAAAUGAAAUUAUCGGAUAUUUUAAUAAUAUGAUUCUGAAUGAAACGAUUGAUUUUCCACAUAUACCAGUACAAGCAAUCAAAGCGGAGCAUGUCUUUCGAUUUGAUACUGAUGAAUUGAGUGCCGAAUUAGAUCGAGAUGGAUUUGUAAUCAAUUUCGAGUAUGGGAAAGGACGAGAUCUGAUUUAUGAUUUUGAAGAAAUUGAGAUUACAUUACGAAAUCUGGUUAGUCGUCUUCAUGUUCUUGAUUAUGAAAAAUUACAGGUAUUCAACUAUCAGUUUGAACUGUAUGCAGAAAAUACCUCAUUGAUCAUUCAAAUUCGACGACGGAUUCAACAACAAUCAUUUCCAGUGAAUGAGCAAGAAAAAUGGAGAAAACUACUGAUAACAAUGAAUAAUGACGAAAUUAUUCUUUGUAUAGGUUCAUUAGAUUAUAUCUUCACCUACUUAUGUAAUGUAGAGGAGAAUGAAGUCAAUCGUACUCUUCAAACAUUUGUAGAACAAUAUAUUGGACGACAAGCUUGUCUGCAUGAAAAUGUGUUUCGACGACCACCCUUUUCCACAAUACCACUCACUUAUAUUAUUGUUUUCUACGAAUUGAUUGAAGAAAUCGCCUUUGAUAAUGUAUUGCGUACGUAUGUCAAAGCCGAAUUACGAGAUGCAAAAUGGCCUGAGGAGACUACUUUUGAUCAAUUUGUUGCGCAUACUUCUGGUAAAACUGGCAUACCAACCGUUCUGGAAUCACCAACUGUAUGGAUCGGAACACUGAAACGAUUGUUAAUGCGUGUAUUAGGUGCCAAUACGAUUCAUUUAGAUACACCAUUACAAUAUUAUCUAGAACGAAUUGAUAUGUGGAGUGGAAAUAUUACCGAAGAACAUUUGCAAUCUGUGGAAAUUAAAGAGACAUUUUUGCUUGAACAUACUUAUAUAAUACUAUGCGAAUUGGAAUUACGAGAAAGAGCAUUGCGACAAACUGAACUACCUGUUACCACAGGAAAACUAAUGCCAAAUAUUGAAGAGCAAAAACUGAAUGCUCGAAAAUACAUUACAACUGUUGGAGGAGUAUCAGUGAGAAAAAUAGUGGCUACUAAACCACCAGCAUCGAAAUCCGAGAAAAAACUACGUAUUUUAUAA